GAGAGCCCAAUAAGGAUGGAAAGAAAGAAAAGGGAGAGAGAAUGCGAGAGAAUCGAAUUGGAAGAGGAAAUGGGAUCGGGAAAACACACGGCAGAGUUCUUCAGAAGAAGGGAUGCGUGGAGGAAGCAUCCCAUGCUCAUCAAUCAGUUCCGGCACGCCACCCCUGGCCUUGGCAUCGCCCUCGUUGCAUUUGGCUUCUAUCUCGUCGGCGAACAAGUCUACGAUCGCCUCAAUGCCGAUUCUCAUGCUCACGUGAAAGCCGAGAACCACCACUAAUCUCAACUAUUGGAUUCCAUCGUCGCUUUCCCCCCUUUCAUAAUAAGCUUUGUCUUCAUCCAUGUUCUCGCAGCCUUCACUGAAUGUAUAAAUUUCAGACUAUGUUACCUUAUUUGCCUCUCAGCAUGUCUUGUAUGGCCACAUUUUAUGUCUUCUUGCAUUGUUGACAUUGCAAAAUACCAUUUUUUUUCUAUCGCA